GAAGAGGAGGGAGGAGAAAGCUGCUGAGGAUGGAGAGAAAAGCGAGAGGAGGUGGAGCCUGCGCUGGGAGUUCAGGAAAUAAAACCCCGUGCGGAAAGCAAAGGUCUUUCACACGUGAAGAAGCCACUCUCCCUCUAGCUAAGGAGAGGAGAACUCUGAGCUAUAAGAGAUAAAAGGAGAAAAGACCAAGGAUAGGGAGAAGAGACUAGAAUAAAUGAGAACUCUGGGGGAAAUCUGAAGGCUGGAGAAGGAAAGGGGAGGGGAAAGGAAAAUCCACACCCUGUGGUACAAAAUCUAGAGCAAACCGGCUGUGUCUGCUGUUUGUUUUUCUGAAAGAAGAAAGUACCUGAGGAUUGUCUUUUUCUUUUUCUUUUUUCCCUCCCAAGACUCGGUGAACGAGAGAAAAAAAUUAUUCUUGCCUUCCUCGCAAAAAAAUAAAAUUAAAAAACCGCGCUGAGCUAAAAGCCAGUGUAGGUUUUGAUCUGAGAGAGUCUUUUUUUUUUGGAGCAUUUGAAUGAAGCAGCUGCCUAAACUGAGCAGAACUCAGCUCUGGUUCAGGAGAUCUGCAUCCCCUCACUCUGACUUCUAAAGGGAGUAGCUGCCACAGUUCUAUUUUUGUACACAUGUCUAUUUUUCCUUUUUAAACCACUUUCUUUGGUGGCAACCUUGAGCGUCAGGAAAGUAUUUUAAUUAUAUUAAUACAGAUUUGAGAUUUUUUUAUCUGCAUGUGCCUUUUUUUAAAGGGCCAGGAAGAAAGGUCAUUAUUUUAGGAAAAGGACAUUUUUUUUUUUAUUUGAAAGGCUUAGGAAGAAAUACAGACAUAUCUAUAGAUAAGUAGGCAGAGAGGAAGGAAAUUUCAGUGAUCUUUUUUUUUUUCUUUUUUUGAAAACGAUGGAAGAAAAGGCCCGGCACCGAAACAACGCUGAUAAGAGCCCCAGAGGCGGGAGUGAGUCUGAUGCUAGCCCAGAUGCUGGUUCCGAAGGGGGUGGAGUAGCGCUGAAGAAAGAAAUUGGGUUGGUCAGUGCUUGCGGCAUCAUUGUAGGAAACAUCAUUGGCUCAGGAAUUUUUGUCUCACCAAAAGGUGUGCUGGAGAAUUCUGGCUCUGUGGGCCUUGCUUUGAUUGUGUGGAUUAUAACAGGGCUCAUCACAGCUGUGGGUGCACUGUGUUAUGCUGAACUUGGAGUUACUAUCCCUAAAUCUGGAGGUGACUACUCUUAUGUCAAGGACAUCUUUGGAGGCCUGGCUGGGUUCCUAAGGCUGUGGAUCGCUGUACUAGUAAUCUACCCCACCAACCAGGCCGUCAUUGCUCUCACAUUCUCCAAUUAUGUACUACAGCCACUCUUCCCUACUUGUUUUCCUCCAGAGUCUGGGCUGCGACUUCUGGCUGCAGUCUGCUUAUUGUUUCUUACAUGGAUCAACUGUGCAAGUGUGCGAUGGGCCACCCGAGUGCAGGACAUCUUCACAGCUGGAAAGCUCUUGGCCUUGGGCCUGAUUAUUGUGAUGGGAAUUGUGCAGAUCUGCAAAGGACAGUACUUCUGGUUAGAACCCAAAAACGCAUUUGAUAGUUUCCAAAAACCAGACAUCGGUCUCAUCGCACUGGCUUUUCUUCAGGGCUCCUUUGCCUAUGGAGGCUGGAACUUCCUUAAUUAUGUGACAGAGGAACUAGUUGAUCCCUACAAAAACCUUCCUCGAGCUAUUUACAUCUCCAUCCCACUGGUCACGUUUGUGUAUGUCUUUGCCAACAUUGCUUAUGUCACUGCCAUGUCCCCCCAGGAGCUGCUGGCUUCCAACGCUGUUGCUGUGACUUUUGGAGAGAAGCUUCUUGGGGUCAUGUCCUGGAUCAUGCCCAUCUCAGUCGCUCUGUCCACAUUUGGAGGAGUCAAUGGAUCUCUCUUCACCUCCUCUCGACUGUUCUUUGCUGGAGCCCGCGAGGGCCACCUGCCCAGCAUGCUGGCCAUGAUCCACGUAAAGCGUUGCACUCCCAUCCCCGCUCUGCUCUUCACGUGCAUCUCUACCCUCCUGAUGCUGGUGACCAGUGACAUAUAUACACUCAUCAACUAUGUCGGCUUCAUCAAUUACUUGUUCUAUGGUGUCACAGUAGCUGGGCAAAUUGUCCUGCGCUGGAAGCAACCCAAUAUCAACCGUCCUAUCAAGAUAAGCUUGCUGUUCCCUGUCAUCUACCUCCUGUUCUGGGCCUUCCUGCUGGUCUUCAGUCUGUGGUCAGAGCCUGUGGUCUGUGGCAUUGGCCUGGCCAUCAUGAUGACAGGUGUUCCUGUUUACUUUCUCGGUGUGUACUGGCAACACAAGCCCCAGUGUUUCAGAGACUUCAUAGCCUUCCUGACCUUGGCGAGCCAGAAGCUGUGUGUGAUCGUGUAUCCCCAGAUGGACGAGAGACCAGCGAAGGAGGCAGAAUCUACCGAUGACAUGAAAGAGCAGAGGCAGCCCAUCUACAAAAGCGGUGACCCCAAUGGGCUGGAGUUAUCCGAAUCCCGCCCCUGAUUCUGAACAGCUCUUCUCCGAACUUCUGGCCUUUGAUUCCCCCAGCCCCCCCUUACUCCAUCUUCUUUACCUCACCCCAGAACCGUUCUCAGGAGUCAGAGAGGUAGGGGAGGGAAAUGGCGAAAGGAACGAUCAUUUGUACCCAAAGAAACAGCCCUCGACCACUAGAGCCUAGGCAGGAACACCAUUCACCAGAGCUGCCCACCCCAGAGAGAGGAAGUGCAGCCCCGAGCCACCUCCUGCACAGACCUCAGCCCUUCAGGAGCCAGGGCCGCCCAGGGAUGCUAUCCUUAGGGAAACCUCUGCUGGGACGGCCAGGUUGGCUCUGCCCUCUCCCUCCCUUUUCCCAGCCUGAGGGACAGAGACCUCACUUCUGACAGAAGCCAGAGGUCUCCCAGGCAAGGGGGUUGAUGGCCAGAGGCUGUGAGCCUCUGCAGGGUGCAGGAGGACAAGGACAGGUGUUUUCCCACAUCUUGUGACUCCUUGCCAAACACAUACAAAUUCCAUAUUGGGUUAAGGACCAACAAAGGAUGAGCACUGUCUCUCCUUCCCCUACCUCUCCCUCACCCCCGACACCCACAGGCAUUCAAACACUCCCCAGCCUGUGGAACAGACUUGGAAAGACUUGAGAUCACAGGCUCUCCACACUGCUGCUCCCUGUGUCCUGCCCCCAUUUCAGUGCCAAAGCUUUCUGAAGCCACAGGUGGCUGUUCCUACAACAGGGGAUGAGCAGCAUCUCUCACCUUUGGGCUGCCCUUAGCAAGGAGAAAAUGUUGGUAGUUAUCACUGGUUUUACCCUUCUCUGUCCCUGAGGUCCCCUCACAUUCCCCCCUCCAACUCUAACUGCCAUUUUUGCAGAAUUACACUCUUCCCUGGAAUAGGGCCUCUCCCUAGGGAGGAGACUGACCCACCCAGGACUUCAUUUUGGAAUCAGGGCUGGACCAGCUUCUUUCAUCAUCUUGCACUCUGGAAAUCUAUUUCUUAUCCCUUAGGACAGCUUUUCCUCCCUGCUGGAGCUACCCACUUCUUCUGGGGAUCUUAGAUACUCGGUUUGAAGAGUAGGGCUUGGGAAGGAGUAGGUCCUGGGGUGAGGGCCAGUACCAUCUUAUCUCCCUAGCUCCCACUUUCUCUCCAAGGAACCCUCUAGGACUCCCUUCUUCCCCUAUACAUAUACCCCCAUCCAAACAGUACUUACUCUCCCUCCCUUCAGGACUUAUUUCCAAAGAUAAGACAUACCACUAAUGUGGAGAUGCUGAGGACUUAGAUGAGGGAGGAUGAAAGUCAGCUUAGAGAUAGCUAGAAAAGCCUAUCUGAUGGCUCUUAACUAUUUUUUUCUCCCUCACUAGGGAAGGAGUGCCUCCAACUGACUACCUAAGUCCCUCUUGGGACAGAUAAACUGAACUACCAGUAGAUGGUUUUCCAUUUGUUUCUUAGUAAUGACUUUGAUCCUUUGUAAUAAAGCUAAUUUAACCUCUUCAACCAUAUCUCCAGAGUUAGAGAUGGUGGGUCCCUGGAAUUUGGAUCCUCCCAAAGCUUUCUGAGAUUUGUUAUUCCUUCCUUGCUCAUCAGACUCUGUUCCUGGCCACUUAUUCCCACAUAGACCUGGAGCUAGGGAAUCUUUCUCCUCAUUUCCCUUCAAGUACCUCAGUGCUCUCCAGAGACAGGGAAUUCCAGGAAUAACUCCAUUUC